AGAGAGAGAGAGAGAGAGAGAGAGAGAGAGAGAGAGAGAGAGAAACAGUUAGACGGGUAGGGUUCAUUUACUACAAACCUAACUUCGCUAGGAUCUGAAGUCUUGACUCCGCGGCGUUCGCGCGUUCAUACCUUCAGCGCCACGAAGUGACCGCGAUCUUCAGCUCGAGACGGCGCCCGCGCGCAAGACAGACAGAGAGGGAGAGACGCUGUGUGUCGUUACUUAUUCCUGGUUUUCGUGCACUUUGCGCCCGUGUCUAAUGGAGGGCCCCGUGCGGAUUUGCCAUCAGGAAAAUGUGUUUUACUUCUAGCGCGUACGGCUGGUCGCAGCUUUUGCCCUCCCGUAAGAGAAAGAAGAACAUACUUUGAAAGAACAGAAGGGUGUGGACUGUGUGUGAAAGGGGUGUGUGUCAGGCCCCUCGUUAGCGCGCCAAGGUGAAACGGCGUCAUGGAGGACAGUGGCUUGAGAUUACUGUCGGCAGUGCUGUGUGUUUGCCAUACCCUGCUUCUAAACUGCCCAUCUGUAUUUUGUCUCUCUUUUCGCGAGGAGCCUGUAUCUGUGGUGCAGAAGCAGGGCGAUGCAGUCCACCUUCGCUGCACGGCGCGUCCCACCACCGCCAGCAUAAGCUGGCUGUUUCAGGGCCGGCCCUUAGACCCUGCCCACCAGCCCGGUGUGGAAAUCACUCCAGGCUCCCUCUCGCUGCCCUCCCUCCAACCGGCUCUCACGGGUUCUUACCAGUGUGUUGCUCAAUCUGAGACGGGUUCUAUCGUCAGCGGGCAUGCACGGGUACUUAUUGCAAGUAUUGAACAGUUUGCAGAGACCCAUCGGCGGUCUAUAACAGUUAAUAAAGGAGACACUGCCAUUAUCGAAUGCCUUCUCCCUCACAGUAAUCCACACGCUCUCCCACGCUACCGAAUACGUGGAAAAUGGCUAGAACAGUCCUCAGAUGAGUAUUUAAUUCUGCCCUCCGGGAACCUUCAAAUCAACUCGGUGUCUGUAGAGCAUCAGGGCAUGUACAAGUGCGGUGCAUAUAAUCCUCUUACCAGAGAGUCUCAAGUUGAGGCCCAUGGCACUAAACUCAUAGUCAAAGAUCCUGAAAGCCCUUCUCCUGUAAGGAUUGUCUAUCCCAUCACCCCUCAAAAUGUGACAGUGGAACAGUCUGGGUCUCUUACUCUUGAGUGUGUGAUAUCAGGAAGUCCUUCUUCAAAGGUCAGAUGGACUAAAGAUGGGGCGGCGCUGCCACUGAGCUCCAAACGGAUGUUGUUGCAUAGCAACCUGGUGUUGAAUGACAUUCACCUAAGUGAUAGAGGCCAUUAUUGCUGCUCUGUUCAGACUGACCAUGGAGUUGUGGUCAGUGUCAACUACACUGUAAAUGUGCUUGAGAAUGUGAGCGUACUGCGAGGUUUGUCAGACCAGACUGUAACUGUGGGCUCGCCUGUGCAAUUUACCUGUGCUGCCAGCGGUUACCCCACCCCCAACAUCACAUGGCUGCUUAACACCGCCCCUCUUUCUUCCUCACCCCGCCUCCGAAUCUCUGGCUCCUCCCUUCAUAUAUCUUCUGUAACAGCUGAAGAUCUGGGAAUCUACCAGUGUCUCCUCGACAAUGGGAUUAGCUCUGUCCAAUCAGCAGGCAGACUCAGUUUCCAAUUAGACGCUCAGUCUAAAUCCUUGAUCCCUGGAGUUUCUGUGGAGACGCAGCCGUCCGUCCACCCUAUACAGAGUGAUGAGGGUGAUGAACUGUUGCUUACUCGGAGCGAGAAGGUGCUUGGAAAUACGCCCACCGAGAGAAUCAGUGACAAACCUACACCCGAAGCACCGAUCAUAAUCAGCCCACCUCAGACGCAUAAACCCAACAUGUAUGAUCUAGAAUGGCGAGCUGGUCGAGACUGGGGCAUUCCCAUUAAUGCCUACUUCGUAAAAUACCGCAAGGUGGACGACAUGGGGAACGUGGUGGGUAAUUGGCAUACAGUGCGCGUGCCAGGCAGCGAAAAGUCUUUGCCGUUGUCUGAGCUGGAGCCGUCCAGCUUGUAUGAGGUUCUGAUGGUGGCCCGCAGUGCUGCAGGAGAGGGUCAACCUGCCAUGCUUACGUUUCGUACCGGAAAGGAGAGGAGCUCUCCCAACAAAAACCCCUCCAAGGCUCCAUUUGUGUCCCUUCCAGAGAAAACACCGGAAGAUAAAACCUCUAACACACAUUUUGGAGUCGUCAUACAUGACAGAGUACCUGAGGCCCCGGACCGUCCAACUAUCUCAAUGGCAACAGAAAGCUCAGUCUAUGUCACAUGGAUCCCGCGAGCCAACGGUGGUUCUCCAAUCACAGCCUUUCGUGUGGAAUACAGAAAGCAGGGUCGCAGUGGUGACUGGAUUGUGGCGGCUGAUAAUAUCUCGCCCCUUAAACUUUCAGUGGAAGUCCGCAACCUGGAGCCAGGUUCCACAUACCGCUUCCGUGUCAUUGCCAUGAACAACUACGGUGAAAGCCCCGCUAGCGCCACCUCCAGGCCGUAUCAGGUGUCCCUGUCAAAUCCACCUGUGUCAAACCGCCCAGUCGCAGGCCCUCACAUCUCAUCCACGGAUGCUGUCAGUGACACGCAGAUCAUGCUCCGCUGGACUUACACCCCCUCCAGUAACAACAACACCCCCAUCCAGGGCUUCUACAUCUACUACCGGCCCACAGACAGCGACAAUGACAGUGAUUAUAAAAGAGAUGUGGUGGAAGGCUUCAAGUUUUGGCACAUGAUUGGUCAGCUCCAACCCGAGACGUCCUACGACAUCAAGAUGCAGUGUUUUAAUGACGGCGGCGAGAGCGAGUACAGUAACGUCAUGAUCUGCGAGACCAAAGCCCGUCAGCCUCCAGGUGUGCCCAGUCAGCGCCCUAUCACUCCCCCGGGCAUGUACCCACAGGAUACACCCAGUCAGCCGGGCGGUCUCCUCUACCUGAUCGUGGGCUGUGUUCUGGGCGUCAUGGUGCUUAUUUUACUGGUCUUUAUCGUCAUGUGCUUGUGGAGGAACCGUCAGCAAAACAGCCUGCAUAAAUACGACCCUCCAAGUUACCUGUACCAGUCUGCCGAGAUGAACGGCCAUGUUCUGGAAUAUUCCACCCUGCCGGGCUCCGGUCACGUAAAUGGAAGCUUACGCUCGGGAUGUGGACACAACGCUCCCAUGAUGCCCCAGGCCUGCCAUCACCUCCAUCACAAACUGCCCAAUGGACUGGCACUGCUGAAUGGAUCGGGAGGCCUCUACCCAUCUGGGGGCCAUCCUCACACACAUGAGACCACCCUUCCUCACAACACCAUGGAGUACGAUCACCCGCACCCUCACCAUCUUCAUAACGGCGGAGGGAUGUACACGGCUCUUCCCCAGAACGAUUCGUCCGACUGCAUGAGCUGUCAAAACUUCUGCAACAACAACAGGUGUUACACGAAAACCAACGGCACUUUCUCGGGCGGCACUCUCCCUGUAAUGCACCGCGUGGCGGCGCGCCAACCCGACGGACUCGAACUGUUGCCGCUCAACCCCGCUCUGUCUCGCUGCCAGGGACGUGACAGCCCACAGCUCAAAGGCACCCAUGAGAGAGAUUCAGUCCAAGAGGUGGAAGAGGUCAAAGCUCCGCCCCCUUCCCAGAAGUCCCCUUGUCAGCCUGUGGAAACAAAGUCCAGCGUAGAGCAGCAGAGAGGAGGUCAGCACGUGCAGAUGGAAGACUCAGAGGGUCCCGUGGUGUGUUGGCAACAGCUGGGACUGUCCGACCUGGACUGUAAAGAUAAAACAGUCUGGAUCUCUACUGGAAACCUGACUGGAGAUUUCAUUCAACCUACAGCGCAGGAGAUCUGAAUACACAUUUGUGGUAGAGAUCGAGAGAUUGUGGGAACGGACGAUAAGGAAUGUCCAGUGACGGGACGGUCAGAGACAUUGUGUGGGCUAAACCGAACACUUACCUGACUGCGCACCAAAAACUGAUGAGGGAAAAGCGUAUGGAAAUAAACAGAGACUUUAUAAAAGCAUGGAUUGUGGUUGAAAUGGACUCAAAGGCAGAAACGUCCCCGUUUGAGGGUUGACUUUCAAAAGCAAAAAACUCUUUAGAUGACUUAUUUAUUUUUUUGUAGUAGUAAAAUAUUAUUUCAUAUGAAUGUAUCUGUUGUAAGAAAAAAGUUUGUCUUUUAUAUUAUUUAUGCCGUUUUUUGAUGAGAUACUUUUUAUUUUUUUGUUGCUUAUUUGACUAUAUUUUUUGUUUAUGUUCCACACAGUGUGGAGUUUAGCCAUUGUAUGUGUAAAAUUUUGUAAUAAUAUAAAGAGAAGAUAAAAGUA